CAAACUUCCAUUCUUCUUCUCAGCCUUAAGCGAGAAAACCCUAGGACUAACCAUUGACGACCUCCAAAACCCUAGAGCCGUCCCCAAUGGCGAGCCACGAAACCCUAGACCUGUCCCCUGCCGCUUCCUCCAAGAAGAAGAAGAAGCACUCGAAGAAGCGCAAGGCCAUCGAAGUGACUGUAGAUGCCUCCUUUCCUGGCGCCGCCGCCCCCGUCGUCGGCUACUUCCCGACGGGCUACGACCCCCUCGCGGCCGCAGACCCCCCACGUGCGCGUUUGUUCCGCCACGAGAAGCACCAUAACCGCGUCGAGCUAGUGGUCGACGCCCCUGGUGGAGGCCCCGACUUCGUCGGCCGGAGCUACGCCGGCGAGGCCGCUGCACCGCAGCUCUGCGGCUACGCCCUCGGCGUCCUCGACAAGGCCACCGGCACCCUCAAGAUUGUCCCCAUCGCCUCUAACAAGAUUUUGAGGCUAGAGCCACACUUUGAGGUGCAGCAACCGGCCCAUUCACAACAGUCAGCAGCAGAAGCAUGUUCUUCUGUAGCAGAUACUGAAUUAAACAGACAAGAUCUUACCCAGGCUUAUGGGACCAAGAAAGAUAAGGAUAAGGAUAAUAAGUGGAAGUCACUAAAAGAACAAAGGAAUGACCCUUCUGCUUAUUUGGACCUUGAUCUUGGAGAGUCCAAGACCGCAGAUGCCACUGAUAGUCAGGCAUCAAUGGAAGUUCGCAACAUUCCACCUUAUGAUCCUGCUGCGGAUACAUCUGAAAAGGCAUAUCUUUUUGAUGAGAUCAUUCCAAAAAAUAUACGGCCACACCUUCUAGACAUUGUGGGACACUUCGAAUCGGGAGAAUUUGGUUUGAAAGGCUAUGGGAGUUUUGUCUCCAAUCGUGUGAAUAAGUUACAUGAGCUUCAGGGUGAAGAUCAGGAAAGGCUUGCUUGGAUACUAUCCUACAUCACACAUCUCCUGUCCUUGUUGGCGCGCAACAGCUCCAUGUCCAAGCAGAAAAGAAAGGAAAAAGACCAGACCAUCCGUGGACCAAUGAUCCCGCAGGCCGUGCACCGCAAGUUGUUGCUGAUGUUCACGGAGCCAGGGUCUUCUUCCUUGUCGACAGAAAAAUACGAGCUUCUGAUCAAUUACAUUUUAGUGCUCACACUUUUUGCUGAUGACUUCAGAUCUGAACCUACUGAUAUAUGUGCAGACUUGAAAAUGAACCGCCAGAUGCUUAAACCGUAUUAUGACCAGCUGGGAUGCAAGUCCGUGUCAACAGGUGCUUUUAAACCCUUUUUUAUGACACUUCCAGCCCCCCUCAAGUUCCCACAACAAGUCACAAGGAGAAGGCGGCGAAAAUAAUCAUCUCAGUACUGGUUUCCAUUUGAUAGGAAAGGUAUGCAUUGCCACUGUCGAAGCUGUGUGCCCUCAGCUCAGUUUCACCAUUGUUGCUUGGGAAUUGCUACAAGAGAGGAACCACAUUACUGAUAUAUAAUUUGCUUGCUACUGGAA